AUGAGAAAUGAAUGGCCGCGAAAAAGACCACUACAGCUGCCCCGAGAAGAUACGUACGCUGGGAGAGCACAGAAUCUCGCUGCCGAAUUUCCCCCGAUUAGGGACGCGGACGCGCCACAGCAGAGACAGCCGCAGGAGAACGCGGGCAGCGGCAGCCCAGCCGGGGCGGAGACAACGGCGGCGGCCGCGCAGCCCGCCCCCCCGGGCGAGGGUGAACCGGUCCCUGUCCCCGCUACGGGCCAGCCGGCAGGAAACGCAGAUAAAAGGCAGAUUAGCGACGCCAGCUCGGACGAGGCGGAGCAGCAAGGUCAGCCGAUUUGCGAGCGCGCGCCACAACAACAGGUGCAGGAGGAACUACGAGAGGAGCAGGCCACCGAAAAUACGCAAAUCGACGCGACGACGCCCGCGGGCGGGAGCGCCGCCCCGACCGUGGAGCAGACGCGCGAGCAGUGGAUAAAGGACAAGAGUAACCACCUGAGAAAAGUUUUGAAGCUCAACCAAAACGACGAUGUCACCGCAAAGUCCUCCACCAGGGGAAGCAGUGACAAACCGAAAAGACAACAAAAUACAGACGACGAACAGACACAAAAGACGAAAAUGGUAAACAAACCCGCAAAGAAAAGCAAGAAAAGACGUAGCUCCAACUCGUCACAGGACCGAAGAGAAAACAGCCAGAGAGAUGUCCGCAUGGACACAGACUACAGCACCGACUGA